AUGGCCCUGCCCUCGCUGCGGAGGGCUGCUGGGCUGCCGCACCACCGCAUCGCGGCCGUCGCCCUGCUGGCGGGCUGCUCGUGCCUCGGCCUCGGCGUCGGGAGGCUCGGCUGGAGCGCCGACUUCGCUGCCGCCGCCACUGCCGCCUCGGCCGCUGCGGCGCCGACGCCCGCCGAGGUGACGCCACAGGCCGGGGUGGCGCCCGCCGCGCCUGCGCCGGCGCCCUCCGCAGGCGUGGGCGGACAGGCGGCGCCGCCGGCGGCCGCGGGCCAGGCGCUCCCCGCCGGCGCGCCGCGGAUACUGCACCGGGUCGUCUUCGGGGAGGGCGGCUGGUGCGCGCUGAGCUUCCGGAGGAUCCGGGCCGCCUUCCACGAGAUCGGGGCAACCCCGGCUGGGAGGAGUGGGUCUGGGGCGCAGACGAGGUCGCGGAGGUCCUUCAGCGGGAGGGCCGCGCCGUGGAUCGGCUACUGCAGCUGCGGGGCGGCAACUUCACAAAGUAUUUCAGGGGCCUGA